AUGAUUUUGCAGCCACCCCUGGAACGAGAGCCCCCCGGUCGAACUCAGCGUGACCCCCAGGCUACCUUGGGGGCGACCCAGAGCCUGGACGCGAGCUCCCCUCUCCGAGCUGUGCCCAUGAGCACCAAGCGGCGCCUGGAGGAGGAGCAGGAACCCCUUCGCAAGCAGUUUCUGUCCGAGGAGAAUAUGGCCACCUACUUCUCUCGACUCAGCCUGCAUAAUGACCACUCAUAUUGCAGUCCCCCAGGGGCUAUACCCCCAGCCCUGCCCCCUCUCAGGAGACCUUGCUCAGAGCUGCUGCUGUGGCGCUACCCUGGGAAUCUGAUCCCAGAGGCCCUCCGAUUGCUGAGGCUGGGAGUCGCCCCUACCGCCUAUUAUCCUGUUGCCCCAGCUGCGGACCUUAUAGAGCUCUGA